AUUCCCUUUUUUUCUUGGCUCACUCGUCUUUUCAGUUUACAUUCACAUUUACAUUUUCAAUUCCAACAAUUCCAAGAAAUGCCAGGACAUGCAACACUUUCACAAAUCACCGCUUUCCAAACAUGGGCGUUUCGGACAUAGGCUUGGUGAGGCAGACUCUACUCAACAGACUCUACGGCCGCACCCAGCCAUCAACACUAGUCGGUUUGUCCACGCAGCUCUCCUCGAUCCACUCACUCCUACACCGCACAGUGGCAAACCUAGAAGGCAACUCGGUUCUGCUCAUAGGCCCACGCGGCAGCGGCAAAAGCACUCUGAUCCAAAAGGCGCUCUCCCUCCUCCACCACCACAAACCACAGCAAGAGCACAGGCAAGAGCAGGAGCAGGGGCAGGGGCAGAAGAAAACCCACCAUGUGGUGAAGCUCAGCGGAUUCAUCCACACAACAGACAAAAUUGCCCUUCGUGACAUCGCCCGCCAGCUUCUAAUAACGCAGGACCUCGAAAACAUCCUCAUUGGGUCCUUCUCCGACGCCUUCACAUACAUCCUACAGCAAAUGCGCACAGACUCCAGCGACCGCCCUAUACCCCUGGUAUUUAUCCUCGAAGAGUUUGAUCUUUUGGCCCAACACCCGAAGCAAUCCCUCUUGUACACGUUGUUUGACAUUGCGCAGCAGAGCCAGCGCCAGACGCCGAUUGCUGUCAAGCGCGUAAAGUCGCGGUUCUCGCACCGACAGGUGUACGUGCAGUAUACGCGGAGUCUCGAGGAAUUCGCGCAGAUCUUCCGCGAGGCAUUGAGCACGGGGGACCCCGGCUUUGACCACCGGGUGGAUGAGGUGUUGGCGGAUGCUCCUGUGCGCGCGUAUAUCCUGGAGGCAUAUGAGUUCUCAAAGGACCCGCGCCGGGCCCUGAGGGUGUUUGCCUCUGCCGUAGCCAGGCUCUCGCAGCUCCGCCCAGCGCUCUCCCUGGACGAGAUUCGCGAGAGCGUAGGCAGGGAAAGGGCGUCGGCCAAAAUGCAGGUGUUGAGGGGCAUUUCUCUGCUUGAGCUCUACCUUCUGGUGGCCAUGCGUGGGCUUCUGGGCACUGGCAGUGGCAAGUUUAACUUUGAAAUGGUCUAUGCCGAGUACAAGCUGUUUAUGUCCCGGUAUGUGAUGGGCUCGAGUGGGUCGAUGAAGGUGUAUAAGAAGCCUGUGGCAAUGAAGGCCUUUGAGACACUGGUGGAACUGGAGAUUGUCCGCGGUGUGGGCGAGGGCAAUGCUACGGCGGGGGGAGUCUCUGGGAGGAAUGAUCUGCUGGCGGCUAGUGGCCGCGCACCGAAGGAGUAUAGGAUGGUGCAGAUGAUGCUGGAACCGGGCCAGGUCGUCGAACUGGUGGAGGCGAGGGAGGAUGUUCCGGCUGUUGUUAGACGAUGGGCACAGCAGUAA